AAUGUCAUACCAAGUCGACGGUGUUUCUCAGAUGUUUCACUGAAAGAAAUGUUUGACAACGUGUCAAAACACACUCGCAGCAUCUUACAUGCCAACCCCAAUGCAGUGAUUAAUUUUACAACUGACAUUUGGACGUCAAAUGUGAGCUUUAAGUCCAUGCUAAGCCUAACUGCACAGUGGGUGGAGGAUGACUUCCAACUACACCAAGUCAUGUUACAAUGUCAAGAGAUGGUCGGGUCCCACACUGCUGCCAAUCUGGCCUUUGCAUUCGACAGAAUGUUACAACAUUGGGGAAAUCGACAGGUGUAGGGUGCAUGUGGUGUUGCGAGACAAUGCAAGGAACAUGGUCAAAGCACUGAAUGACGCCAACUUGGCUAGUUUGCCCUGCAUGGCGCACGCAUUACAGUUGGCGGUGAACGAGGGUCUGCUGUCACAACGAAGCAUUACUGACGUGGUGAAAACUGGGAGGAAAAUUGUUGGACAUUUUAAACACUCACCACAGGCCUACUCGCGAUUUCAUGAUAUCCAGCAACAGCUGGGCCAACCAAGGAAAUGCCUGCAGAAAGAUGUCAUCACAAGAUGGAACAGAACUUUCUAUAUGCUAGAAUCGCUGAUUGAGCAGAGACGUGCGCUAGGAGCAUUCGCUACGGAGCAUGACCUACCGGCCACUCUCACUACGCACCAGUGGGGGUUAAUUGAGAACGUGCUCACUCUCCUCGCUCCUUUCGAAGAACUUACAAGAGAAAUAAGCUUAUCGACAGCAACCGCUGCAGACGUCAUUCCAGCAAUCAACGUGCUGAAACGGCUUUUGGAGGAAAGAGCUGAUACAGAUGUCGGAGUGGGCACCACAAAAGCAACCUUGUCGGAGGCAGUCCAAAGAAGGUUUAGUGACGUCGAAAAGGAGCCCCUUUACACAUUGGCAACAGUUCUUGACCCGAUGUUGGUACAAUAAUCGCUACUUCUCCACUGAAGUGAAAGAUCAAGUGAAACAGGAGCUUCAGACUGCACUGCAGCGGGAGACCAGAUGCCCACCAGCGGAACCUGCUGCUGAAGCAUCCAUGGCUCGUGGACCUGACCCAGAGGAAGCAUCUGCAGCCAAAAAGCCACGUAGCUUACUGAUUUCAGUUCACGAUGAAAUCCUUAAGGAAAAUACUGAGCUGGAGCAACAAAUGGCCAGCCUCUUGUCUGUGCAGGUACAUAGCUACUUGUCAGAGGUGCCCAUUGGCAGAAGUGAAAAUGCAUUGACUUACUGGAGGAUUAACAAAGAUUGUUUCCCUGCACUUGCUCCACUUGCCCAAGCUUACCUCUCUGCACCAUGUACAAGUGUUGACAGUGAGCGCUAGUUUAGCCUGGCUGGACAUGUGGCAGAUGAGAGAAGAAAACGAUUAUCUGGUGACAAAGCAGAAAUGCUUCUGUUUGUGAAGAAAAACUUGCCAUUGAUGUACAAGUGAUUGCAAUAGGGGUGUGUGUGUGUGUG